GAUCCCACAAUCGCUUCCCAUUUCGAUGCACACGGCGCACCAGGAGGCAUUUGAACCCCUUCCGUUGUCUUCCUACUCGCAUAUUUCGGUUUGCCUCGCCAGAUCUCGCCGGGCGCUCUUUGUCGAUGUCUCUGGCAUAGAUCGGAGUCUCCAGGGUAAGAGAACGUUGGUGAUCAAGUUCUGUUGAAGCAAAGAUGAGCAGUCAUGAUGAUCGCGAGAGAUCUACAAGUAAUACGAGGAAGCUGAAGGGGUUGAUGCUUAAAAGUGACAACCGGAUUUGUGCAGAUUGUGGUGCCCCUGAUCCAAAGUGGGCAUCAUCAAACAUAGGGGUGUUCAUAUGUAUGAGUUGCAGUGGUGUACACAGAAACCUUGGCACACAUAUCUCAAAGGUUCUAUCAGUAACCCUAGAUAAGUGGUCCGAUGAACAAAUUGACUCUAUGAUAGAAGUUGGUGGAAAUUCUUAUGCCAAUACCAUUUAUGAGGCUUUUCUUCCAGAAGGAUAUCCCAAACCUAAUGCACACUCCAGUUACGAAGAGAGGGCAGAAUUCAUAAGGGCCAAAUAUGAGAGGCAAGAAUUUUUGAAACCAGGUCUGCGAAUUCUUCCUUCAAAAACAUCUUCCAAUCCCGAACACAAUAAUGUCUGUUCAGAAAGUUCAUCUAAUGCGGUUGGGAUGGUAGAGUUCAUCGGCAUACUGAUUGUCAAAGUAAUUAAAGGCACUAAUUUAGCAAUAAGAGAUGUGCGAAGUAGUGAUCCAUAUGUUGUUUUGAUGCUCGGACAGCAGAAGGCUAAAACAUCUGUCAUUAAGAGCAAUCUGAAUCCUGUUUGGAAUCAGGAACUUAAGUUAUCAGUUUCUAAAAACUAUGGGGCACUAAAAGUCCAAAUAUUUGAUAACGACCUGAUUUCCUCCGAUGAUCUGAUGGGCGAAGCUGAGGUGGACCUCCAACCGAUGAUUACAGCAGCCAUGGCGUUUGGCGAUCCCGACUUGCUCACCAAUAUGCAAAUUGGGAAGUGGCUGCAAUCCAAUGACAAUGCCCUCACAAAAGACAGCAUCAUCAAUAUAGUUGAUGGGAAGGUCAAACAAGAAGUGUCACUGAAGUUGCAAAAAGCUGAGUGUGGAGAGAUUGACCUAGAACUGGAAUGGAUUUCUCUGACCCAGUAAAUCUCAAGUUCAUACAAUGUUUACUUCGACUAAGUCUUGUUUAGCCACCCUAUUUUGUUUCGUGCAUAUCAAACUUUUUGCAAUGUUUGUGGGCGAACAACGAAUUAUGUUGUCUAUAUCGAAGAUAAACUUGAUAAAGAAAAUGGAGAUGUAGAAAUAAAAAUGUUUACUCUACUUCCCAAAAGGAAGGUCUGGUCUCUUCUAGCUUUUGCA